AGACGCUUCUGGAAGUAACAUCACGAUGGCUGCCCAAGGAGAACCCCAAGUGCAGUUCAAACUUGUAUUGGUUGGCGAUGGUGGCACUGGAAAAACAACGUUUGUGAAACGUCAUCUGACUGGUGAAUUUGAGAAGAAGUAUGUAGCUACCUUGGGUGUGGAGGUCCAUCCCCUUGUGUUCCACACCAACAGAGGACCUAUCAAGUUCAAUGUGUGGGACACAGCUGGUCAGGAGAAGUUUGGUGGCCUAAGAGAUGGCUAUUACAUCCAAGCCCAGUGUGCCAUUAUAAUGUUCGACGUAACUUCGAGAGUUACUUACAAGAAUGUGCCUAACUGGCAUAGAGAUCUGGUACGAGUAUGUGAAAACAUCCCCAUCGUGUUGUGUGGCAACAAAGUGGAUAUUAAGGACAGGAAAGUUAAGGCAAAAUCAAUUGUCUUCCACCGAAAGAAGAAUCUUCAGUACUAUGACAUUUCUGCCAAAAGCAACUACAACUUUGAAAAGCCCUUCCUCUGGCUUGCUAGAAAACUAAUCGGAGACCCUAACUUGGAGUUCGUUGCCAUGCCUGCUCUCGCCCCACCGGAGGUUGUCAUGGACCCAGCUUUGGCAGCACAGUAUGAGCACGAUCUAGAGGUUGCUCAGACAACUGCUCUGCCGGACGAGGAUGACGACCUGUGAGAAAGCGAAGCUGGGGCCCAGCGUCAGAAGUCUAGUUUUAUAGGCAGCUGUCCUGUGAUGUCAGUGGUGCAGCGUGUUUGCCACUUUGUUAUGUAGCUAAGCAGAACAUGUGCUUAAUCUGGGAUGCUGAAGGAGAUGAAUGGGCUUCGGAGUGAAUGUGGCAGUUAAAAAAACCUUCAUUUUUUGGACCUGCAUAUUUAGCUGUUUUGGAACGCAGUUGUUUCCUUAUUGAGUUUCAAAUAUAAGAUCGCUACGGUCACAUCACAAUCCUCAGUGGUGAAACCUUGUUUGUUAUUGUCAUUCCCGUUCCUUUCCGUUUAGAAUCAGAAUAAAGUUGUAUUUCAAAUAUCUAAGCAAGUGAGCUCAUCCCUUGUUCAGUAAGCAUUUUAAAACCACUAAUAGGAAAACUGCUGUUAACUAUUUAGAUUGUCUUUACUGUUAUUUAGUUUGGAGUCAGGUUAAAUUCUUGUGUCUUUAUUUUUUGUACAUUUGAACCAUUUCACACAAAUGACAGCUCAACAGUAUUUUAUUUGGUAAGUGGUUCUGUGUAAAUAUUGUCAAUGUGGUUAGCUUGAAAUCAUACCUCCACUAGCCUUCGGGUUUGGGGUGUCAGGGCAGAGCUUGUCCAGGUUUAUGUGGCCCACGUCUUAGACAUUUGAAAUAGGCAUUUUAAGAAUCACAGUUGCUUUUAUCCUACGGCAGAAGUAACUGCUAAUGCGGAGCUUUUUAAAAGUCGCAUGGGCGAAACCAUACAAAUGAUAGCAAGACAGAAGUCUUAUUCGUUAAAAAUGAAUAUAACUGAUGCAUUUAUUUGCUUUUUUAGUGUUAACACGUUUAAUGUAAAGUUGAUGCUACUUUAAAGAUGCCAAAAAUUAAGAAUUUAAGUUAGAUGCACCACAGCUUUAAUGGUUUUUUUUCUGAAUGGUGUUUGUGGGCUGUGCGCGCACACACACACACAGGAACCAGAAUGCUGCAGCAGGAAGGUAGACGUCCGCGUGCCUCAGCAGUGAGAUGGACUACAGAACUCCAUGAGCAUUUAUCUUUUGUGUGGUUUCCACAUUUAAAAAUGAGUUGGGUCUGGCCUGAAUUUGACCCAGUGACACUACUGUAGUAAUUAGUCUUAAAAAAUAAGAGUUACUUUGCUCAUAUAAGUACUGCUAUAGUUUACCAAAGUUCUUUAGGUCCAAUUUUCCUUAAAUGACUUUCUUACCUAAAAAUGGUAGGAAAGGAUCACUUCAAGGACAAUUAAGAUACCAAGGGUAGGAUUGAAUAAAUUUUGAUGUUAAGCUGGUAUGAGUAGAUUCACUUACAGAUUUGAAUUGAUAUAUAUAUGCUAUGCUAUAUUCAAUUCUGAACCAGAUUUUUAAGUCAGGUUUGAGACGUUUCUUCCCAUAAUCAAAACCGUUCAUUCAGAUAAUUUGGUAUAAGGAAUAUGUUGUUUGUAACAUGUAGAAUGCAAGUGUGGCAGAUAUCCUGAAUCUUAAAUGUAACAGUUGAAUUUUGGAAGCUGCUUGUUUAAUAUGGGGUGGGAGAGAAUUUACAAGUCAUUGGAAGAAAAUAUUGCUGCAAAAUACAUUGCUUUACUUUGCUUGGA